AUGACGUGUACAGAGCUGGAAGCGCUGCGAUUGGAGAAACAGCAGUCACAUGACCAACUGCAAGAAGCCAGGGAGAGUCUGGAGCAGCAGCAGCACAAGUUGUCGGAGCUGAUGGAGAUCUGUCAGCAGAAAGAUGACAUCAUCAAUAAACUCCAGGCAGCCAUGGACGCCACUGUGGGGAACGCCACCAGAGACAGGGAGCUGGUGGAGUCGAUCAGGUCGGAGCUGUUGGAGCUUCAGCAGACCUGCAGCUGUCUGAGGAGGACAGGAGGAGCGGAGGAGAGCAGGAAACGUCAGCGUGAAGCUCUGGAGGACGAGGAGGAGAGAGAACCAGCAAAGAAAAGAGGCUCUCCAGUUUUGGAGGAGGAGAUCUGGAGGUUGCAGGAGGAAAACGACAAGAAAGAGGAAACAAUCUUGGAGCUGAGAGAGAGGGAGGGGAGGAGGAAGGGUCUGGAGGAGGAGCUGAGGAGACGGGAGGAGGAGGUGGAGGAGCUGAAGAAGGAGCAGGCUGUGCUGGAGCAGAAGAUGCAGGAGCUGACAGAUCUGGACGAGUGUCCAAACUGUGACUCUGUGUUUUCGUCUCUGGAGUCGGAGCAGAAGGAAACAUCCCGACUGAUGAAGGAGAACAAAGCUCUGGUUAACGGCAUCUUCCAGCUCCAGACAGAAGUGACUGAUCUCCAGAUGAAGCUCAAAGAGCAGACUGACAUUUCUGACAGCCUAUCAGAGCAGCUCAGCACUGCAAAGACCCGCCUCCAGGACCUGGAGAGCCAAGCAGAGGACAAGGGCCACACCAUUCACAGUCUGACACAGGAAGUGGAGCAUCUGAGACAGGAAGUCAAGGUUCUUACUUUUCCCUUAGUUUCUCUGUCUACUAUGGCUGCAAUGGUAUGAAACUUUAACGGUAAG